UUUGUUUUAAAUAAAAUAGCAAAAUGAUGGUUUUUAAUGAAUUUAUGAAGCAAUAGUAAAACUAAACAAAAUCGAAUAAAAAUCGUAACAGUUGUGGAUUUAAUUUUAUUAGUUAAAAAAAAAACCAGAAAACAAAUAAGUGAAAUGAAAGAGUGGUUAAAAAUAUCCGCAUUACUAUGCGUUUACGGUUUAUUACGUGAAACUCGACCAUCUGAACCAUAUGUAACUGAAUUCCUGGUAGGCGAAUGGAGAAAUGUUACAUUAGAAGAGGUUUAUCGAGAUGCUUUACCAGUUGGAACAUAUUCAUAUUUGGCUCAACUUGUUCUAAUAUUUUUAAUAACAGAUUUUUUUAAAUACAAACCGCUUAUUAUUGUGUCUGGAUUAGCCGGCAUUUCAGUUUGGUCAAUGUUAAUAUGGACGAAAAGUUUAUUAGAAUUACAAAUAUUAGAAGUAUUUUAUGGUACUUAUAUGGCCACUGAAAUAGCUUAUUUUACUUAUAUUUAUGCAAAAGUAGAUAAAAAAUAUUAUCCAAAAGUAACAUCACAUACCAGAGCCGCUUUAUUAGUUGGUAAAUUGAUUGCAAGUGUAACAUCACAAAUUCUUGUAUAUUUUGAAUGGAUGAAUUAUUUAGAACUAAAUUAUAUAACGUUGGCAACACAAAUAGCAUCAACGAUAUGGGCGUUUUUUUUACCAAAUGUUAAAACAACCGUUUAUUUUCAUAGAAAAGAAUCUUUUAAAAAUGAAGUGAAUGAUGAUAGUGCAACUAGUCAUUCCAGUACUAAUAAUAUUAUGGAACCACAGGCUGUUACAAUAUCAACAAAGACAAAACCAAAUCCAUUCAAAUUAAUUUUUCAACAUUUUAAAAAUGCUUACACGAACCGUUAUAUUAUUCAGUGGAGUAUAUGGUAUUCAACAGUUUUAUGUGGAUAUUUGCAAGUAAUUUCUUAUAUUCAAACUUUAUGGAAAGCAAUUGAUGAAAAUCCAGUUGUAGCUUGGAAUGGUAUGGUUGAUGCAGCUUUAACAUUUUUAGGAGCUAUUUGUGCACUUUCGGCUGGAUAUAUACAUGCCGGUCGUUUAAGUAACAAUUCAAGUCUAUUAGUUUUAUCAAUUUUAUCAAUAUGCAAGGGUGGUGCACUUCUAAUGGCAAUUUUACCUAAUAAAUUGUAUUUAGCUUAUGCUGGUUAUAUUGUCUUUGGUGCAGUUUAUGCUUUUUCAAUUACAGUUGCUAGUGCUGAAGUCGCUAAACAUUUGGAAGAAGAUAGUUUCGGUUUGGUAUUUGGAAUAAAUACAUUUAUUGCUUUAGUAUUACAAACAAUUCUAACAGUUGUGGUUGUUGAUGGACAUGUCAUUCUAAUUGAUAUUUUUGGACAAUAUCUUAUAUAUUCUGGAUAUUUUGGUAUUAUAGGAGUUACAUUUGGCUGUUUCGUGCUAUAUGAAUGGAUUAUGACUAGGUAGAUAAAGUUGUUAAUGAAUA